AUGAGGCUUGGAUUUCUUCUAGCAUUACUCUUAAUUAUUACUGCAGUCUCUGUAGAGGCUGGUCUCGGAAAAAAACUGAAGAAAGGCCUGAAGAAAAUUGGUAAACCGUUCGAAAAAGGCGCAAAGAAAGGCGCCGAAAUUGCUGCUGCAGGUGUCGCAGGAAAAGCGAUUGUAUCAGCUGCUGGCGCAAUAGGAAGACGUAAAAGGUAUGACCAUGAAGAAUACGUCGGCAUGUACAGUGAGCCGUUGUUUGUGGAAGAUUUGGGACGAUUGUCUCACACUGCUUCGCCUAUUCAAUUUAAAUCGACUAUCGAUAGCUAA